CAGCUGAGGCGAGGGCUGACCGGACGCGGUCUGCGGAGGCAAAGGGCGCUUGAGGACAGUCCGUUCUCUAGUCUUAGGUUAGACUUCUUAAAAGAAUCCUGAUACAUUACUAUAAUGGCCACUGCUCAGCUCUCUCACUCCAUCAGAAUUCACAAGGCAUCUAAGGAAACAAUUUUCCCAUCCCAAAUUACUAAUGAGCAUGAGUCAUUGAUAAUGGUGAAGAAACUUUUUGCCACUUCUAUCUCAUGUAUAACAUAUUUAAGGGGUCUGUUUCCAGAGAGCUCUUAUGGAGAACGCCAUUUGGAUGACCUCAGUUUAAAAAUACUCCGAGAAGAUAAAAAAUGCCCUGGGUCACUGCAUAUUAUCAAAUGGAUUCAAGGUUGUUUUGAUGCUUUGGAAAAGAGAUACCUACAUGUGGCAGUACUUACACUUUAUGCAAAUCCCAAGGAACCUGAGAAAGUGACUGAGAUAUACCAGUUCAAAUUCAAAUACACAAAUGAAGGAGCCACUAUGGAUUUUGAUAGCAGUAAUACAAGCUUUGAAAGUGGGACAAAGAGUGAAAAUAUUAAGAAAGCCAGUACUCUGCUGAUCCGUAAAUUGUAUAUGCUGAUGCAGAACCUUGGACCCCUUCCUAAUGAUGUUAUACUUACUAUGAAACUCCACUACUAUAAUGCAGUGACCCCACAUGAUUACCAGCCCCCUGGUUUUAAAGAAGGGGUAAACUCACACUUACUGCUGUUUGAGGGGGAGCCUGUAAACCUGCAAGUGGGAAUGGUGUCAACUGGCUUUCAUAGCAUGAAAGUAAAAGUCACAACUGAGGCCACCAGAGUGUCCGAUUUGGAGAACAAUCUCUUUCAGGAGGAUAGCACUACCGAGAUUGCCCAUCAGGGUCUAGACUGCGAUGAGGAAGAAGAGGAAUGCAACAAUCAUGUAAGGCAAAGCUUUAGUGAGCCUCCGUUGCUUCAGUUAAACACAGUGACAUUUACUGUUACUGUAUAGGUCUUACUACAGGGACAGGGUCUAACAGAGUGUGCCAGGUAUCAAAUCUGAACGAAACUGCCCCCAACUUUAAGGAGUAUUUCUCCUAAAAGAGGACAGUCUUUGUUAGAUAAAUUGGCCAUGAGAAGAAAAGACUUUUUAAUAUACUUCUUUUA